AUGGAGGCCAGCAGCAGCGUCCGCGUCGUCGUCCGGGUCCGGCCGCUCGUCCCGAAGGAGAAGCUCGAGGACGACAACCAUGCAGUCGAGACCUUCGGCGCCCAGGUCAUGAUCCCGUCCAGCAACGUCACGUACACGUACGACCACGUCUUUGGCCCGGAGGCCGGGCAGGACGACCUCUGGCCCUGCGUCGCGCCGCUCGUCGACUCGACCUUUGAGGGCUACAACGCGACCAUCUUCGCCUAUGGCCAGACCGGGUCCGGGAAGACGUUCACGAUGGGCUCGGGCAACAGCGCGUUCGCGACCAAGAGCGACGAGAUGGGCAUCAUUCCGCGGGCGCUCGACGACAUCUUUGCGCGCAUUGCGGCCAAGCAAACCGAGACGCCGGGCUACCGCGCCGACGUGACCUUCCGCUUCCUCGAGAUCUACGGCGACGACAUCCGCGACCUCCUCUCGCAGUUUGGGAACGGAACGCUGGACACGAACGCCAAGGUCACGCUCAAGGAAGGCUCGGCGGGCCAAGUCCAAGUCAACGGCGCGCGCGAAGAGCCGGUCAACUCGGCCGCCGAGUGCAUUAAGCUGCUCGACAAAGGCAGCUUUUGCCGGACGGUCGGCGCCACCGACAUGAACGCCGAGUCGAGUCGGUCGCACGCGAUCCUGACCAUCACGAUGACGCAGCACAUUCCGUUUGGCGACGCGUCGUCCGAGACCGAGUGCGAAGUGCGCAGCUGCUACUUUAACUUUGUCGAUCUCGCGGGCUCGGAGAAGCAGAAGAUGACCAAGGCCGAGGGACUCCGGCUCAAGGAAGGUAUUGAUAUCAACAAGGGCCUCUUCGUGCUCGGCAACGUCAUCAACGCCCUCGGCGACGACACGCGCCGCGGCCGCGUGCACGUCCCGUACCGCGACUCGAAGCUCACGCGCAUGCUGCAAGACUCGCUCGGCGGCAACAGCCGCACGCUCAUGCUCUGCUGCGUGAGCCCCGCGGGCCGCAACAUCUCCGAGUCCAAGAGCUCGCUCAUGUAUGCCAAUCGCGCGCGCAACAUCCAGAACAAGGCCGUCAUCAACCGCGACGAAGCGUCGGCGGUCGUGGCCGAGCUGCGCGCGCAAGUGCAGUCGCUGCAGGAAGAGCUCUUUCAGUUCCGGCACCCCGGCGCCGACAUGAACGAUCCUCGCGUGCAGGCCGCGGCGUCCGAGUGGCGGCUCGACAGCUUUGGCUCGAUGCGCCAGCGCACCGAGGCCGCCGAGGACGAAGUGCUCCGGCUCACGUCCGAGAUCAAGCGCUGGCGCAACGAGACCGAUGUGAUCAAGGAGGAGCUUCUCGUGACGCAGGGCCAGCGCGACUACUUUCGCAUGUGCUGCGAAGCCUCGGGCACGGGUCUCCUCGACCCGAACGGCGAAGAGAUGGGGCUGGUCAAGGAGCAGCUCAAGACGAUCCAGGAGCUCCAGGAGAAGCUCCGGUGCGCCGAGGGCGAGCGGGACAAGGCGCACAUGUUUGCCCCGACGUCGUCGUCGCACCAAGAGCUGGACAUGGCGUCGUUUGGCUUGACCGCCGACAUGCUCGAAGAGGAGCAGCGGCUCAUCGAGCAGGCCGAGCAAGAGAUCAAGCGUGAGCAAGAAAUGCUUAAGCAGAUCCAAGCGCAAGCCGUCUUCUCCGACACGGCCGGCGACAACGGCGACGACGACGACGACAACCUCUCGAUCGAGAUGGAGCUCAUGCAGCGCGAGUUCCAGAAGCGCCAGCAGGUCCUCGGCGCCUCGGUCCAGGACCUCUCCAACAACAUUUCGCUCAAGGAGCAGAUGCUCUCGACGCUGCGGCGCAACGCAGAAGGCUACGAACGCAUGCGCGGUGUCUUUGAGCAGCGGCUCAAGGAGAUGGCCGAGAAGGAGCGGGUCUUCAUGGCCGAGCGAGACCGCCUCGUCGCUGAGAUGCAGACGCACCAAGUGUCGGACCCGCCGCGGUACCACAAGCUGUCGGUGGACCUCGUGUCCAAAGACGGUGAGCUCUCGGCGCUCCGGAAGAAGCAAGCGGAAAUGCGCCGGUUCGAGGUCAUGAAGCAGAAGAGCGACGUGCAGCUGCGCGUCUUGACCAACGAGAUCAGCACGAUGAAGCGCCAGAAGUACGAGGUCGAGGCCAACGAGCGCAAGCGCGAGAUUAUGAACCUCAAGCGCGAGCACCAGCGCGACCGCAAGCAGAUUCAAAAGCUGGGCAGUGAAAAAGACGCGCAGGAGCGGGUCUUGAAGCGGCGCAUGGAGGAAGUCGCGGCCGCGAACCGCCGACUCAAGCAGCAGCAGCUGUUGCUGCAGACGAACCGCAAGACCAAGGCCAAGACACCCUCGAAGGACGAAGUGUGGCUCGAGACGCAGAUCAAGAAGCUCGCGGACCAGCAAAAGAAGGCCGAGCAGCUCGAGGAAGAGCUCGCCAAGCGCGAGAAGAUUGUGCGGCAAAUGGAGCGCCUCUAUGGCCAGCGCAACAAGCUCCAGGACGAGCUCCAAGCGUCGCUGGCCGAGCGCGCGACAGGCGACGCGAGUGCGAUCCGCGACAUCCUCAUCUCGCCGCUCAAGUCGGAGGCGCCGCAUGGCGGGCUCGGAAAGGAAGAGGAGGCGAUGCUCGCCGAGCUCGAAGAGCGCAUCGAGGCGUGCCAAGCCCAGCUCGAGUACAAGGAUGAGCGCAUCUCGGAGAUGGCGUCGAGCACGAUGCUCGUCGACCUCGACGACGACGAAGCCAUCGCCAAGAUGGAAACGUCGUCGCUGCCCGAAGCGCGGACGCUGCUCAAGCUGCUCUUCAGCAUGGCGGUCGGCGUGAAGAAGCAGGAGGAAGCCAAGGACUCGGAGCUCCAGAGCACCUUGUUGCGUCUCGGCGAGAUCGAGUCGACGCUGCUCAUCGAGAAGGAGCGCAACAACUUUAUGCGCCAAACGUACGAAGAGAAGCUCCAGCAGAUGAUUGCCGAAGCCAUGGGCGGCGAUCCGUCCCGGCUCGUCCAGAGCGCGUCCGAAGAGCAAGUCGCUGUCUUGCGGCGCCAGUGCGACGAGCUCUCGGCCCAAGCGACGGCGUGCGAGGCGCAAAAGACCGCGCUGCAGGUGCGCGAGCAAAAGUACAAGGCCGGCUUGGCCACGUGCCGCGAGCGCAUCAAGUGGCUCGAGGCCCAAGUCGACAACAAGGCGGGCAGCAGCUGUCUCCCGCCGCCCGCACCGACCCAUGACGACGGCGACGUGGACAUGACGUGCGACAUGGACGACCACAUGAGCGUCGGCAGCGCGAGCUCGGACACGGCGCCGACGUCGUCGUCGAUCUUCAACCGGCUCUCGAACCCGACCAACUUUACCGGCAUCCACCGCCACCGGCUCCAGGAGAACGCCCGCGAGAAGCGCGAGAUUUUGAAAAACCGCAACCAAAACCUGCGCUCGCGCCGGCUCAAGGACCGCAAUUUGCUCGUGCCACCGCCGACGGCCACCACGUCCAAGCUGCGGCAGCCAAGCCCGAGUCUCAACGUAGCGGCCUCGCCCCGGCCACGCGCGUCGACGCCUCGCCACCCGCCGCCGCCGCCGAUCGAUACGGGCCGGCGCAGCAGCGGCAGCUCGGCCGUCAUGGACGUGCUCGCGACCUUGAAAAAGGAAAACGAGCAAGACAUGGACGACUGCGACAUGGACGGAGACCACAGCGACUCGGUGUCGGAUGGCGGGUACGAGUCGCCCAAGCCCAAGUCGUCGCGCUCCAAGGCGCACCACAUGAGCGACUGUGUCUCGGAGGGCGGCGCGGUCGAGUCGCCGCAGCCGCAAGCCAAGCGCGACGUCUUCUCGCGCCUCAACAACCAGUACACGGCCUCGUCCCAGUACAAGCGCCACUCGUUUAUCGGGGAGCACAAGGCGCAGCGCAACCGCGAACUCUUCCGGUCGACGACAGACGACGCGAACGAGGCGCCGAGUCCGCCGCGGCCGCCGAGCGCCGACCCGUUGACGGGCUCGGAUCGGUUCCUGCACCAAGUGAUUGAUGACGCGCACGACGACGCGAGAUAA